GCGAUCAACUAAUCAUAAAAUAGCUUACAACGUCAACAUGAAGUUACCCGGAUGAACGCCCGGAUGCUUUCUUCGCCAUUCAAAACAUUCUGACAGGUGAUCUGAAAAGUGAAAAGAUUUCCCUGCGGACGAUCGUUCGCUCGGGACUCACGGAAAAUUAAAAUGGCAGGCAAAGAUUUAUCUAAAACUUUUGAAGAGGUGGAGUCAGAAGAUUAUAGUAUCGAAACAAGUAUGCCAACAGAUAUUACAAUGUCUCCAGACCAUAGUGAUGGGGAAAUUCGAAACAAGAAGAAACACAUCACAAAACAUUUAAUAGAACGUAAACAAAUGAUACACGAUAUGCAGCUACUUAAAAUUGAACUUUCACAGAAGAAUCUAGCACUUGAAAAUAUGAAAGUCGAACAUUUGCAACAAACCGAGGAGCUUGAAGAACGACUACAUGAUAUAACACAUCAAAAACAGAUUUUGCAAGCCAGACUUGAAUCUGAACUUCACAUUCAGUCUGAAGAGGCACGUAAGCGUCAAGAACUCAUCAAGCGAGAGUUAGAUGCUGUUCGUGCCAGGCAGCAACAGCUUGAAGCAACCAAUGAAAGGCUGCAAGAAAAGGCUGGAGAUGUUAGAAGAUCUCUCAGAGACUUAAGUCUAUCUGAGGAGCGUUUCUUCCAGCUUCGCUCUAUUUCUGAAGAAGACUUAUCUCUGAGAGAGUUUGUUGCUAUGCGUUUAUACGAGGCAACAAAACCCCUUCAAACAGAGAUCUCACAAGUGAGGCUACAAAACAAAACAUUGGAGGAGGAAGUGGCUGUCAUGUCUAGAGAUUUGCUGGACUUUCAGAAGAAGUUGGAAGAGGAGAGGCAGGCUCAUGGUGAGCUGCGGGUCAGGUACCAGAAAAUUAUGACGGAACAUGUGGAAACGUCAAGUAAACUUAAGCUGGAUGAUUACAGGGUUGAAAAUUAUGACAAAGUUAAAAAUGAAAGAGAUUUCUUUGAGAAAGAUCACAUGGAGUCCGCCAGACAGCUAGUCACACUGGAGGCAUCUUUUGCCUGUCUACAGAAGGAGAGAGAUGAGCUCAGCUCAGAUCUCUCAGCAUCAAAGCAAACAAUAGCUCUGCUAAAACAAGACAAGGACUACCUGACACGUCAGUACUCCGAGGUCACACACAAACUGGCAUAUGGGGAAGAACGGUUGCAACAGCUGACACGUCAACUGGAAGAUGCAAAACUGGCCAGGGAGGAGAUGUACGAGAAAUAUGUUGCCUCAAGGGACCAGUACAAAUCAGAUUAUGAAAAUAAGUUGAAAGAAGAGCUGGAACAGAUUCGAGUGCGAACCAAUGGAGAGAUUGACAGGUUGCGAACUUCUACCAGAGAGAUGUACGAAAGGGAAAACAGGAACUUGAGAGAAGCCAGAGACCUGGCCUUGUCUGAGAGGGACAGAGCUUUGGGGACAGAAAGGGAGACAAACACGAAAUUUGAACAGCUUUUAUCAGAAUUCAGACAGCUACAAACAACCUCAGAGAGCCGACUGUCUGAGAUACAGAAUGAGCUGAAGAUUAAAAUGUUUGAGGCAGAAAGAACACAAAUGAUCCACAGUGAGACUGUAGCCAACCUGUCACAUGCCAAUUUGGAAAUAGAAAAGUUGCAGAAAAAACAAGAAGUUUUAACAAAAGAAUAUUAUGCACUUCAAACUUCUUUUGAAAAAAAAGUAGUAGAGCUUGAAACAGCAAUCUCUGAGAAGAAAGCCAAACUUGAAGCGUACGAAAAGUUGGAGCAGGACCUUGAUGCUGUAGUAAUGCAGGCAGCUGAAGUUGAAGAUGAAAAAGAUGCUGAAAAAGUUUUGUUUUCCUAUGGCUAUGGUGCCAAUGUGGCAAGUACUGCCAAGAGGAGAAUGCAGCAGAGUGUUCAUUUAGCCAGAAGAGUUCUACAACUGGAGAAAACAAAUACUGGAUUGAGAAGGGAAAUUCAAGAGGACAAAAAUAAAAUCAAUUCACUUAUCAAGGAGGUGGAGUCGACCAACAGCUUGUUGGAACAGUCCCAUCAGCCCUACAGCUACCUCAUACAGUCCAUCAAGGCCAGGGAUGGCCAGAUAGAGAAACAGAUGGCUGUCAUCAAUGUUCUCGAGGAGGAAGUCAGAAAACUGGAGAAAGAAAGAGAUGACUUAGCUCGCACACAGAACCAAAUGAGUUUAGAUUUGGAAAGGCUGCUGAAUCAAAAAGAAGAAAUGGCAGUGAUGAAGCAGGUUGUGUUGAGUCUCUCUGAGCGCAAGUUUGAUGACGACAAAGUCAAGUCACGUGACUUCUGCGCCCCAAAGAGUUCCUCUACCACCAGCUACAGACUGCAGCGAGACUUUGAGAUGCACGAUGAUCCAGAUGUCGUCAAGCCAGGGGCCCUGCACCUGACCAAACCCAGGUCACCCCAGAGGUCAAGGCCAGAUGUGAAGCCUCAAAGUUCUAAAUAUUCUAAAGUGUAUGGAGUGGUCAAGUCUUGACCAGAGUGGACAGUGGUCAAGUAGGGAACAGUUUUAUCAUCAAAGCUUUUUCUGUGAUCUUUAAAUAUAACUUCUGACUUAUAAAAAACAGCUCAUUUAGUACCAAACAUAGCUCAGUUAGUAACAAAAAUAGCUCAUACUCAUAUAUUUGAUUUUCAUUGUACUAUAAUUAUAUUCUUGUGUAUAAUAAAAUACUUACAAAUACUUAGCAUUUUUUUUUACAUGAUUACACUAAUUACAGUAAUUACUGAAUUACAAUCAGGGAUUAUAAAAGUAACAAU